UUUUUAUUUGCUGUACUUAGUGAUGGACUUCUUCAGUAGAGGAUAUAGUGCUCUUAGGGGUGAAAGAGGACAACCACAAUCGGCUGAUGAAACCAUUGAACGACUUGCUGAUUGUCUUGAAACUGCUACUUUACUGGAAGACAGACGUGCUGCUGUCCUUAGCCUGAAAGGACUUGUGAAGGAUUGGCCUGAAACAGUAGGAGACAAAAGUUUACCUGCUUUAAUUAAAGGACUUCAUAUGGAUUAUCGAGAUGUGGAUAUCACCAAAUCACUUUUGGAAACCCUUACCAUUUUAUGUACAAGGAAAAAAUUACGUACUGAGAACGAUAGAGGUGACAAGUAUACCGAUUACUUUAUUGAAGAUUCCUCCAAUGUCACCAUUCUUUUAGAUAUUUUGGAGGAGUUCGAUUUUUAUAUUCGGUUCAAUACUAUCAAGUUACUUUCAACACUUCUAUCCAACCGACCAAAACGUAUCCAAGAAUGCAUCCUUACUAGCCCAAUGGGAAUAACAAGACUUGUCGACUUAUUGGACGAUAAACGUGAUAUUAUACGAAAUGAGGGUCUUUUAUUAUUGAUUGAAUUGACAAGAUCAAAUGCAGAAGUACAAAAACUUGUAACCUUUCAGGCGACCUUUGAAAAAUUACUGGCACUUAUCGAAGAACAAGAAGGAAUCUCUGGUGAUAUUAUUGUGCAAGAUAGUUUGACUUUGAUGCAAAAUCUAUUACGAUACAAUGUCUCGGAUCAAAUCUAUUUUCGUGAAACAAGUUGUAUCCAACAGAUUCCAGGAUUAUUAGGAUUUGUUGGUGAUAGUGAAGCUGAUCAUAUUCCCUUUUCAUUUGAAGAUUGGCCUCCUCAAAAAGUGGCAAAUACUGUAGCUGUUCUAGAAUUGAUUCGUGUUCUUACUGAACCUGAUGGUGCCAAUACAACAAUUAAUCAAAAUGUCAUGGUCCAAAGUGGUAUCCUUCUUCCCAUUGUCCAACUUGGUAUUUGCUCAAACACACCAUCUAUUGUCCGAACUGAAGCCUUGUAUGCUAUUGCCUAUGUAAUACGAGAUAAUGUCGCAAAUCAAGAAAAAUUCACUAAAACAGUAGUAGCCAGUCCUCCAAAUAUGAUUGAUGGUCAAAUCGAUCCUAAUCUUGUUCCUGGUCUUCCUCGUCCUGCCAUGGUAUCUCUUAUUGCUAUUGCUGUUACUGCUGAUACUGGUCUUCUCUAUAGUUAUUCAAGUCGUGCUGCUGCUGCAUUUGCUGUGUCUUCUUGUGUAGAUGGAAACAAUGAUACGCAACUUGUAAUUGCUUCUAUGAUGAAAUUGCCUCCUGUUGACAACGCAAAUACUGACUUUACAGAUAAACCAUGUUCUGCUGGAUCAUUGCUAUUGGAAGCUAUUGAAAAUUGGGAACUAUCUAUACAAGACCCUUACAAGGUGUGGUUUGCUUGUGUUAUUUUAUCUCAUAUCAUCAAGGAUAAUGAACAGGCAAAACAAGUAGCUGGAGGUAUUCAAUUUGGUGAAGAAGACAAUGGUGAAGAACCAGUACCUUUAUUACAUCAUAUUGUCGCCCAGCUAUUAUUAUCAACAAAGAAUUCUGCAACAAACCCACGGAUACCCGUUGCCUACUUAUGUCUACUUUGUGUAUGGCUUUACGAUAGUCCAGCAUCAGUCGCUCUAUUUUUAUCAGAAAGCACUCAUGUUCAAUUUUUAAUUCAAGAAGUACAAUCAUCAACCAAUGAUCCAACAGUUCAAGGGUUGACUGCCUUUUUACUUGGUAUUACAUAUGAAUUCAACAAUGAUCCUCAAACUCCAAUCACAAGAGAAAAACUUCAAGCUAUAUUGUCUAGUAGGGUAGAUGUCUUCAAUAGCCAUAUAACAAGACUUCGAGAUAGUAAUGCUAUCAAGAACGCUUCUCAACAUCUGGAAAUAUCUGCUGAAGAUGAAGCACUUGCUACAAGCACCAAGAGUCUACCUUCUCUUCUUCUUGAUGUUUCCUUUGCUAAAUUCUUUAAGGAUGUAUAUGAAACGACGCAACGAUCUAUGAAACGACGACCAUCUAGUUUCAAACCAAAGGCACAAUCAGUGACUAUGGGAGCCACAGAUGGAAAUCCUGAAGAGAUAGAAUCAUAUAAAUCGACUAUCAAAAACCAAGCAAAUCUGAUAGAAUCUCUUGAACAAAAAGUGACAGAACUAGAAACCAAGUUGGCGGCCUUACAAUCAUCGCCUGAAAAUAGCAUGACAGCAGAAUUAUAUGAAGAAAAGGAAAAGAAUAAGAAGCUGAUGGCUAUUGUGGAUGAAGAAAGAUUAAAAUACGCCACAUUGGAAAAGGAACAGGAAGAUCUACUUGUGCUAAUGGGUGAUCAAGAUAUGACCAACAAACGAUAUAAGAAUAGGCUACGGCAAAUAGGUGAACAAGUAACAGAUAGUGAAAAUGAGGAUGAAGAUGACGAGUAAAAUUAGUCUAUCUCUUUUUAUUAUAAUUAUUAUUAGUAAUAGUAUUAUUAUUAUUUACAAUUACACCAAUAAACAAAUGC